GGCUUUUUAGCCUCAAAAAAAGCUUCGCCUCACCCUUCUCUUCCCAGCCAUGCCUGAGGUUUUACAGUGAAAACAAGUGGAUUGGUAAAGGACUGCAACACAAAACAUUGGGCCCCUGUGUCUGGUCUCCAUGGGGUGGCAGAUGGUGGCGGGGUCUCGGGUUUAAAGGGACCGCAUAAACUCAGCACAAGUCACAGUUACCCCCCCACAACCCCCCAAAAAAGACAAUUAAUGGUUAAUAUGGCCGUGGAAGGCACCAGUGUCCAUGAAACCUCCUCCCCAACAUCAAACCAUGAAAAUGAACACAACCUCUUCCUCCCUGCAGACAGGGAGGACGGCGAGCUGGAAGAGGGGGAGCUCGAGGAUGACGGGGGAGAGGACGCCGGCCGCGACGGCUCGGAGUCCCAGGGACCCAAAGAAAAGGGGGAGAAGCAUCACAGCGGCUCGGACGACGAGAAGGCGCACCGCAGGAUGAAGAGAAAGCGAAGAAAGGAGAAGGAGAAAAGACGAGCCAAGAAGAAAAGGAAGUCCAAGCACAAGCGCCACGCGUCUUCCAGCGAGGAUUUCUCGGACUACAGCGAUGAGUCGGACUUCAGCCCCAGCGAGAAGCCGCAUCGGAAGUACCGCGAGUACAGUCCCAACUACCCUCCAGGUCACCCGCCGUACCCGCCCCCUCCCCCUCCGCACGGCGCCCCGCUCCCCAAGAAGGGUUACCCCAAGAUGGAGAGCAAGCCUUACGGGAUGUACGACGAGUACGAGAACGAGCAGUACGGGGAGUACGAGGGCGACGAGGGCGAGGACAUGGGCAAGGAGGACUACGACGACUUCGCCAUGGAGCUCAACCAGUACCGGAGGGCCAAGGAGGGCACCCGGGGCAGAGGUAUGCGUGGCCGGGGGAGAGGCAUGAGAAUCCGGGGGGGCCGGGGCAUGAUGCGAGGAAGAGGAGGUUACCGAGGAAGAGGAGGCCGAGGGCGAGGAUUCCCCGGCGAGGAGCAUCAGGACGAGGAGGAGAUGUACGACGACGAGAUGGAGUAUUGCGAAGAAGAACCAAUGGGAGAAGAGGAGUACGACGAGUACUCCAAGGAGCUCAACCAGUAUCGCAAAUCUAAAGAGGGCCGGGGCCGAGGUUUUCACCGGGGCCGAGGCAGGGGCCCCCGAGGAAGAGGCUACAAGGGCAUGGGGAGAGGGCGAGGAAGAGGCCGGGGCAAAGGCGACGAGGAGGAUUACUACGACGAGGAAGGGGACGGGGGGAUGUACUGGAACGAUUACGAGAAGCCCCACCAUCGCGCUGACAAGAAGGGCAAAGUGAUCUGCAAGUACUUCGUGGAGGGGCGCUGCACCUGGGGCGAGCACUGCAACUUCAGCCACGACGUGGACGUCCCGCGGCGCCGCGGUCUCUGCAAAUUCUACGUCACCGGCUACUGCGCCCGCGCCGACAACUGCCCGUACAUGCACAGUGAAUUCCCGUGUAAGCUCUACCACACCACGGGCAACUGCAUCAACGGCGACGACUGCAUGUUCUCCCACGAGUCCCUGACCGACGAAACACAGGAGCUCCUCGAUAAGAUCCUGGCCGAGGACGCAGAAGCCGGUGCAGAAGAUGAGAAGGACGUGGAGGAGUUAAAAAAGCAGGGCAUCAAUCCUUUACCGAAGCCGCCGCCGGGAGUCGGCCUGCUGCCCACCCCGUCCCUUCCCUCGGGGUCUUCUGCGGGACCGGCCGCCCCGUUAUCUCCCACCGAGUCCAUUCCCCCCUUCGCUGGGGACGGCGGCCCUCCUCCUGUGGCCCCUGUAACCGGGGCCGCUCCUGUGCCCAUGACCCCUGCACCCGGAGGGCCGGUACCUGGAGGGCCCGCCUCGCCGGACGAGCCUGAUGACUUACUGACUGCGGAUUCUAUGUCAUCGGGGCUUGGCGGACCUCCUAUGGGGAGUAACGUACCUUGUGGUCCUAUGCCUGGUGGACACAUGGCUGGUGGCCCUGGUGGACCCAUGCCUCCUGGUCCAGUGCCACCGGGUGGACCCAUGCCUGGUGGUCCAGUCCAAGGAGGUCCCAUGCCUUGCGGGCCCAUGCCCGGUGGUCCCAUGCCUUGCGGACCCAUGCCCGGUGGUCCCAUGCCUUGCGGACCCAUGCCCGGUGGUCCCAUGCCUUGCGGGCCCAUGCCAGGUGGCCCUAUGCCUGGUGGUCCCAUGAUUGGCGGCCCUAUGCCUGGAGGGCCUAUUCCACCGGGACCGAUGCCCCCUAUGCAAGGAGGUCCUUGUGAACAGAUGCCAGCAGGUGGUCCAAUGCAUCCCUGCCCUGGUGGUCCCAUGCCACCAAUGCCAGUCGGACCUGGAGGCCACAUGCCGGGAAGCCCAGGAGGUGGAGGUCCUGGAAUAGGAGACCAAAUGCCCGGGAGCCCGCUGUCCAUGGACGCACAGAUGUGUCAGAGGAAAAUACCCUCGCUGUUUGAGAUUGUUGUUCGUCCCACUGCCCACCUGGCACAUAAAUUGGGUGUGAGCAGGCCUCCGGGACCCCCUGGCGGCCCCCCAGGACCCCCGCCGGCCAGGUUCCCUGGACCCAUGGGGCCACAAGGCCCAAUGCAUCACGACAUUGAGAUGGGCAUGGAAGACGGACCCCCCAUGAUGCCGUACGGCCCAGGAGAUGGCUCCGAAAUGAUGGCGGACGGCCCCCCGGGCCAGGGCUUCUACAACGAGUACUACCAGGACCCCAGCAUGGAAAUCGGCCAGGAAAUGAUGGGAGACGGAGGUGGUUACAAUGAAUACGGUGGGAUGCAGGAAGACCCCGAAGCCGGCAGGUACCCGGAGCACCCCCCCGAGCAAGGUCCGGAGGCAGCGGAGGCGACAUCAAACUUCAACAAGGGAAACAUCCCGGACUUUCUGCCCUCGGCGCAGAGGGCUUUGUACAUGCGCAUCCAGCAGAAGCAGCAGGAGGAAGAGGAGCGGGCACGCAGGCUCGGGGGGAACCAGCCCGAGCGAGAUAACGAAGAAGGUGACACGGUGAACUGGUACUCCAGCGACGAGGAGGAGGGCGGCAGCAGCGUGACGUCCAUACUGAAAACCUUACGCCAGCAGUCAUCCAGCCGCCCCGCCGCGCAGGCGCCCGCCAAGGACGGGUCCGCCGGCGCUCAGACCGACCCGCGCUUGCAGAAGCCUCCAACCGCUGCAGCUUCCCGCCCGUCGGACCCCCGCCUGUCCCGCGAUCCACGUCUGUCUCGAAACACAGAACCUAACCCACCCGAGGUUAGUCCCGGCGCCUCCCGGGCGGCUCGUCCCGUAACUCAACCCAAGCAGGACUCGCCGGUGAGCAAACCCUCCCCCGAGGAGGAGGAGAGCGAGCGGGCGCUUAGGGAAAAGCCGGUGAAUAUCCCAUUGGACGCGGCGCCGGGGCAGGCGCUGAGGGACCCGCGAUCCCAGCUGCAGCAGUUCAGCCACAUCAAGAAGGACGUUAGUUUGAGCAAACCGAGCUUCGCCAAGUCUGUCCUGUGGAGCCCUGAGGACCUCAUCCCGCUUCCCGUGCCCAAGCAGGACUUCCCGGUGCCUGCGCCGCUGCAGGCCCUGCCGCUGGACCCGCGUCUCAACCGCCCCGCCGGCUCAGCGCCACAUGACCCCCGGCAGCGAGGGGCCGGGACCGAGACACCGGCAGCGAACACCAGCUUGCCCGACUUCGAACUGCUCUCCAGGAUCUUGAAGACCGUAAACGCUGCCGCGGUCCCCACCCCGACCCCCCCGACGCCCGUCGAGAAGCCGAGCGACCCGCGGACGCGCAAGACCCCCACGGACCCGCGUCUGCAGAAGCCGGCGGAACCCCCGGCGGCAGCAAAAGUCGCGGAGCCCACCCAAGCCCACGCGACUCCGCCCCCACCGCCGGCAGCAGAGAGCGCCCAAACCAUCGCGCCCUAUGACCCCCGUCUGCUGACGGGGGGAGGUCUGAGCAAGACCGCCGGCCAGAGCAAUGUGCUGAGCAGCAUCAGCUUAUACGACCCCCGCACGGGGAAUAAGACUUCAGCCGAGACCCCCUCUAGUGAGACGGCGUCCAAACCAGCGGACGGCAAACCCGCCGCCAAGUCAAAGGAGCCGCUCUUUGUGCGGAAAUCGGCCCUCGAUCAACCAGAACCCGAAAAACCGACCUCCGAGGCCACCACGGACAGAUACAACAGCUACAACCGGCCUCGCGCCAAAGCCCCGGCCGCCUCCACGGCCGCCGAGAGCAGCCAGCCGGCCGUCCACAACCUCCCCGUCCCGUCCGUGUACGGCCUGGUGAAGCCGGCCGCCAAACCGGGGAGCAGCAGCCCGUUCUCAGGGAACAGCCCGACGCGCGAGAGCGAGCAGGACGCCGGCUCCCUAAAAGACGUUUUUAAAGGGUUCGACCCGACGGCGUCCCCGUUCUGCCAGUAGCCGCCGGCCGCAAAGACACAUGGCGUAUACAGUGUUGGGGGCGGGGGGGGCUGAUGCAUACGUGUGAUUUAUUAUUAUUAUUAUUUUUUUCUUUUUUAUACUCGUCACCGUGGUCGCGUCAACCUUUUGUACUAAAAAAAAGUCCACUUUUUGCCACGUGAGAUGUGAAGCCUCAAAGAUCUGUUUUUAACAAUUAAUCGGUGUCUGGUGUAGUGACUGACUCUUUGCUUUUUGUAUAUUAUUUUAAAGCCCCGCUGAUAAGCGUGUGUGCGUGCGGCUGACACGGCCCCCCGUACCCGCACACGCUUACGUGUAUACAUAUGUGUGUGA